GACAGCAGCACAGAGACAGCAGCACAGAUCUACUGACAGCAGCAUGAAGCAGCUCCUGGGCCCAGCCUUGCUCUCUGUGUUUGCCUUGUUCCUUGGGGCUGUCCAUGGGACCUAUUAUAGGAUGUAUGGAUACCCACCUGCUAGAAGUUAUAAUAUGCGACCAAUAGUCUAUGGUAGCACAGUGCUGCCCCUCUCCAGGCCAAUGUUGUUAAACAGCCCUCCAUAUACAGCCAACGUCAGAUACAAACCUGAGCCCAAGACUCUCCAGGUGACACAGCCCACAGAACGUGCUUGCAAGAGUCGUCCCAUGGACUUGGUGUUCAUCAUAGACAGUUCCCGUAGUGUGCGUCCCCAGGAAUUUGAGAAAGUCAAGAUAUUCCUCUCAGACAUGAUUGAGACCUUAGAUACUGGUGAAUAUGCGACACGGGUAGCCGUGGUAAAUUACGCCAGCACUGUCAAAACUGAAUUCUAUCUCAAGACCUACUUCAAUAAAGCAGAGAUGAAGAAGGCAGUUUCCAUGAUCUCCCCUCUGUCCACCGGCACUAUGACAGGGCUAGCCAUUCAGACUGCCAUCAAGGAGGUGUUUACCGAGGAGGCAGGAUCAAGAAGGGCAGCGCUCAGGAUUCCAAAGGUGGCAAUCAUUGUUACUGAUGGAAGACCUCAGGACAGGGUACAAGACGUUGCUGCAAGAGCACGUGCCAUGAAUAUUGAGAUGUAUGCUGUCGGAGUUGACAGGGCAGACAUGAAGUCUCUAAAGCUGAUGGCCAGCGAGCCUCUGGAUGACCAUGUCUUCUACGUGGAGACUUAUGGUGUCAUUGAGAAGCUUACCCUAAAGUUCAGGGAGAGUCUAUGUGGUGUUGAUGUAUGUUCAAUGGGCAGACAUGACUGUGAGCACAUCUGUGUCAGCACUAGGGAUUCCUACUUCUGCAAAUGCCGGGAUGGGUACACCCUGAAUCCAGACAAGAAAACCUGCUCACGUAUUGACAUAUGUGCGUUGGGAAGACACGGCUGUGAGCACAUUUGUGUAUCAUCUGAUGGAUCCUACACCUGCAAGUGUCGUAAUGGAUACACACUGAACCCAGACAAGAAGACAUGUUCACAGGAAGUUCGAAGAGUUGUUCAAGUAGAGGAUCCCUGCAAGUGUGAAGCCCUUGUUGCCUUUCAGAGGAAAGUCAAUACACACAUUGAGUCCCUGACUUCAAGGCAUAUCCUUUUGUUCUUGUUUCUGAAACGCAUGAUAACGUCUGCGGAGCUGCCACCUGAGGCAAGGUGCUCACCUUGCCUCAUGGCUGAAACGCCCCUGGCUCUAAGAAUACAUGAGGGUGCUCUAAAAAUACACGAGGUUGCUCUAAGAAUACAUGAGGGUGCUCUUGAAUACAUGACGGUGCACUAA